AACAACAAGCCAUAGCCAUUCAUUCAUUCAUUCAGGAAAAGGAAAAGGAAAAGGAAAAGGGGCAGAGAGCCAAAUGAUAUGAAUAUGAUGCGCCAGCUUUUGAAGAAGCAAGCCAAGACUAGUCCACUUUUCCUGGCUCGAUCUUUGAGUUCCUCCUCGUCCCACUCAUUUGGCAAGCCAUUCUUUGCUCCCCAAAACUACUACUACUCCAUCCCACCAUCCAAGACUCACCUCUAUUCAUCCUUCUUUUGCACCCUUAUACACCUCUACUUGGCCUGCGGCAGAUUCCCCGAUGCUUCCCACGCCUUCUUCUCUAUGCGAAGUCAUGGCCUCGUUCCUGUUCUGCCUCUUUGGAAUCGGCUUCUUCACCAUUUCAGUGCCUCUGGUUUGUCUUCUCAGGUAUCCCUUCUCUACUCUGAGAUGCUCUCCUGUGGGGUUGUGCCUAGUCUUUUCACCCGCAACAUAUUGAUUCACUCUUUCUGCAAAGUCGGAAACUUGAGUCUGGCACUGCAUUUCUUAAGAAAUAAUACUCAAAUUGAUACUGUUUCCUAUAACACUCUCAUUUGGGGCUUCUCCCAACAAGGAAUGCCUUAUCAAGCUUUUGGAUUUUUGUCUCAAAUGCUGCGGAGGGCUAUAUUCAUAGAUUCUUAUACUUGCAAUUUACUAGUUAACGGGUUUUGCCGAAUUGGCCUAGUAGACUAUGCAGAAUGGGUUAUGGACAAUUUGGUCAGUGGUGGAAUUACUCAGGAUGUUGUAGGUUUUAACACCUUGAUUGCUGGAUAUUGCAAAGCUGGACAAGUUAGCCGUGCACUCGAGUUAAUUGAGAGAAUGGAGAGGGAUGGUCUUCUUCCUGAUACUGUUACUUAUAAUACUCUUGUUCAUGGGUUUUGUCACGUGGGGGAUUUUGUAAAUGCCAAGAGUACAAUACAUAACAUUUUGACAUCUCAAGGAAACGAAGACGGCCCUCAUAAUGAGAGAGACCGUGAUCAGAACUGGACUGGCAGUAUGAAUUUUAGACCAAAUGUUAUAACUCUCACCACUCUCAUUAGCGCUUACAGUAAGCAUCAAGGACUUGAAGAGGCUCUUUCUCUGUAUGAGGAAAUGGUUAUGAAUGGCAUUUUCCCGGAUGUUGUUACUUAUAGCUCCAUUAUAUAUGGUCUUUGCAAGCAUGGGAGGCUGUCAGAAGCCAAAGUGCUCUUAAGGGAGAUAGAGAAAAUGGGUGUAAAUCCUAAUAAUGUCUCCUUCACUACCCUCGUGGAUUCUUUGUUUAAGGCAGGCUCUUCUAGGGAAGCUCUCAUCCUUCAAGGCCAAAUGGUGGUUCGCGGCCUAGUUUUUGAUUUAGUAAUUUGCACUGCUUUGAUGGCUGGACUGUUUAAAGUUGGUAAAGUCGGCGAGGCUAAGGACCUGUUUCGAACAAUUUCAAAUCUCAGCUUAGUUCCAAACUGUAUCACCUAUUCUGCUUUGAUAAAUGGGCAUUGCAAUUCAGGAGACAUGGGCGGUGCAGAAGCAAUACUUAGAGAAAUGGAAGAUAAACAUGUUUUCCCCAAUAUUAUCACUUAUUCUUCUCUCAUAAAGGGUUAUAUGAAGAAAGGAAUGAUUGGUGAUGCUAUUGGUUUAUUGAGGAAGAUGGUGCAAAAAAAUGUAUUGCCAAAUGUUUUUGUGUAUGCAAUACUAAUUGAUGGGUGUUUUAAGGCAGGUAAACAGGAAUUUGCCCUUGAUCUCUACAAUGAAAUGAAAAUUAGAGGAUUGGAGGACAACAGUUUCAUAUUUGAUGCUUUUGUGAACAACAUGAAAAAGUGCAGACGGAUGGAACAAGCUGAGGGAUUAAUUAUGGAUAUGACUUCUGAGGGCUUGUUUCUUGACCGUGUUAACUACACAUCUCUGAUGGAUGGCUUCUUUAAAGUGGGAAAAGAGUCAAUUGCUCUCAACUUGUUCCAAGAAAUGGUGGAGAAAAAUAUAGGGUUUGAUGUUGUUUCAUACAAUGUCUUGAUAAAUGGUCUGUUGCGGCUUGGGAAAUAUGAAGUCAAAUCUGUCUAUACUGGAAUGAGAGAGUUGGGAGUGGCUCCCGACUGUGUCACGUACAAUACCCUGAUUAUUGCAUUCUGCAGAGAGGGUGACACUGAAAAUGCUUUUGAACUUUGGAAUGAGAUGAAGGGUCAAGGGUUCAUUUUAAAUUCAUUCACUUGUAACAUUCUGAUAGGAGGGCUUUGUGAAGAAGAUAAGAUUGAAAAAGCAAUGGAUGUCUUAAAUGAAAUGGUGGCUGUGGGUUCUCUCCCUACCUCAGUUACUCAUAGGCUUCUGCUUGAUGCUUCUUCAAAGAGUAGAAGAGUAGAUCCAAUUUUGCAAAUGCAUCAGAAGCUUGUAAGUAUGGGGCUUGACCUCGAUCAUGAUGUUUAUAAUAAUCUCAUCACUAUCUUAUGUAGGCUGGGAAUGACCAGGAAGGCCACUACAGUAUUAGAAGAGAUGACUGGAAGAGGAUUUUUAGCUGAUACCAUUACUUACAAUGCCCUUAUACGUGGAUAUGGUAUGAGCAGCCAUCUAAAAAGGGCUUUUGCUACACACUCAAAGAUGCUGGCUGAGGGAGUUUCUCCAAAUAUUGAAACGUACAAUAUUCUUUUAGGGGUCCUUUCAGGUGCUGGUUUGAUGACAAAGGCAGAUGAAUUAUUUAGUGAAAUGAAGAACAUAGGCUUUCUUCCUAAUGCUUCCACAUAUGAUAUAUUGGUUUCCGGCUAUGGUAAGAUUGGAAAUAAGAAGGAAGCCAUAAGGCGUUAUUGUGAAAUGGUAAGCAAAAGUUUUGUUCCCAAUACUAGCACCUACAAUGUGCUUAUUAGUGAUUUUGCUAAGGUGGGAAAGAUGAGCCAAGCUAGGGAGCUUAUGAAUGAGAUGCAGGCAAGGGGUGCCUGUCCUAAUUCUUCAACAUACAGCAUACUAAUCUGUGGCUGGUGUAAGCUAUCAAAGCAGCCAGAGGUGGAGAAGAAGUUGCGAAAGUCAUACCGAGCUGAGGCAAAGAGAUUAUUAGCCGAGAUGAAUGAGAAAGGGUAUGUUCCAGGUGAAAGUACCCUUUCAUCUAUCAGUUCUACCUUUGCUAGACCAGGAAAGAAGGCUGAUGCUCAGAGGCUAUUAAAGGAACUGUACAUCAGCAAGAACAUAUGAUACAUGGGCUCUAAAGGAAGAAAACAAGAAAUACCCAUCCUAGGAUAACAUCUUUUCAAUCAAUUCUAUGGCUAGUCCAAUUCUUCAAUUGGAAAACGAGUCCUGAAAUGCUAUUAUAUGCAUUCCCCAUGGAGUGCUAUUGAUGUACUGUUAACAUUUAGCCUCAGUGGCAAAGACUCGACAUGAUGCAUUCAAUGUGUUCAAUUGAAGAAGCUGAUGAAUUCUCGUGCAGUCAUGACAUACACUUCUGUGCAAACUGCUGGUGAUGAGGCAAUUUUGGGAACAAAAUGAUAUUAAAGGCUUCAUGGCUUUCUGCUUUCUACGACAGCGGCACCAUAGAUGUUUUGCAGGAAGUGUUAGUAGUUUGAGAUAAUAAAUGUUGUGGAGUCUGAGAAAUAAGGAGUUUAAUGAUUGAGAGAAAGCGUAAUAUGCUGAGAUCGUGCAGGUGCCAAGUUGUGACAUAAAGGCAAGGAAAUCUCCAAGUCAAUAUAAUGGUUUGUUAGAUAUAGUGAAGUCCAGCAAAGUCAAUUGUUUGGGUGUUAUAGUGAGGGUGGUGAGAGCAAGAUAGUGGUGGUUUGGGUGGGGGUGGUAGUAGCAACAAGGGCAUCAGUGACGGUUGAUUCUGGGCAGUGAUUGCAGGAGUAUGCUGGCAGUGGUGGUGGUGGGUGGUGGGUGUUGGAUGGUGGCAGCAACAAUGAAGGUUGUGGUGAUCAAGGGUUCUGAGGAUGGUGGACGAUGUCAACGUUGUGGUUGCAUUGGUGGGGUGUUGAUGGCAGUGAUGGUGGCUGAGGCAAUGACAUUGAUAACGGUUGAAUUGUGGCGGUAAUAAUGGUGUUGGCAGCGAUGGUAUUAGGUGAUGGUGGUAGUGGAAGUUGGAGUUGGGGCAGCAAUUACUCAGACAAUAGUAGGGUUGGGGAUAGUCAAUUGUUGGAGUGAUGUGGGUGGUGGCGGCAGACAAGCAAGACUGGUUGUGGUGGGUGGUGUUUUAUUUUUAUUUUGUUUUUUUAUGUAGAACUAUCAGUUUUUUUUUUUUUUUUCUGAAACUGUCACUUAAGGUUGUAAAUUUACGAUUUUUUUUUUUGGGGGAAGAAUACUUCAUUUUUAGUUGAUAUCCAAACACUAAACUGCAUAUCAUUUAUUUAAUUUUUCUCUUUAAUGCAUAAAUAAACUUUUUCCUUUUCUAUA